AUGAAGUUUCUAAUAGGAACUCGCUCCUUCGGUGCUGGUGACGACGGAAUCAGCCAGACCGAUUUGACCAUCAUCAUCGUUUUCUUGUCAUUGGCGCUGUACAAUGUCAUCGAAUUACUCUGUAUAAUCUGGGGCACGUUCAAGAGAUAUGCCGGGUUAUACUUUUGGUCCUUCUUAAUUGCGACGCUGGGCAUCGCUUUCUCCUGCAUAGGAUUUUGCAUCAAGUUCUUUGGGCCCACCUCGCUGGGAUAUUUCUCAUGCACUCUCAGCUUGAUGGGAUGGGUAGCUAUGGUCACGGGUCAAUCAUUUGUGCUUUGGUCUCGCCUACACUUGGUAUUGAGAAACAAAAGACGACUCAAGAUAAUCUUAUGGAUUAUAAUCUUCAAUGGAGUUGUCUGUCACGGCAUGAUUAUCCCGUUGGUUUACGGAUCAUUCUCGAGCAACCCGGAAAUAUUCGAAGAACCGUAUCAAGUUACGGAGAGGAUUGAAAUUGUAGUCUUUUUCCUGCAAGAAACUAUGCUUUCUAGCAUAUAUAUUUACGAGACAACGAAGUUACUGCGGUCGGGAGAUUCCCUUGGAAAGAGGCGGUCGAUACGUCGCGUACUGAAGAACCUUAUCCUCGUCAAUAUCCUCGUCAUCAUCCUCGACACAACAAUUCUCGUUCUCGAGUUCGCAAAUCUUUACAACUUCCAGAUAUCGUAUAAGCCUUUCGCAUACAGCGUUAAAUUAAAACUCGAAUUCACUGUCCUCAAUCGCCUCGUUGAGCUAACGGCCGGAGGGAGGGAACCACACGCCAAUGGGCACGGUGAAUCGUCCAGCGGAUCGUCCGGUGGUCGUACUAAUAGCGAUGCUUCCGAUAUCCUGGAGAAUUUCAACAGGAACAAAUAUAUUUGCGGUGGCGGCUCAUACCACGCAUAUGCCAGAGGUGGAUGCAGCGAAAGUUCGGCACAGCCGACGCCGUCGGAGAUAGAGAAUGGAAACGUAGUUAUGAUGACGACUGCCAUUACUGUCCAUCGAGAGAAGGUUCACGAUACCGAGAUACAAUCUCAGAAAUCAUGCGACGAGAAAUCAUCUGACGAUUCAACAACAUAUAGACGAAAAGGUUAUUAA